AUUCAUUUUGUUUGAUGUUGAGGACAGCCAUCGGCAGUAGACUAACAUCUUCUGGACCAAUUAACGUACCAACAGUGAUUUGGCCAAGGUGGUGAUCCAAUUCCAUGGAAAAGCAGCAAGAAAGGAGGAACGUUGGAGAGGAAGAAGGCGGUCUACCAAGCAGGACCAGUGGCCAAACUGGUCCCGAGCCUAAGGAGCACAGGAUUGACAUUACUGAAAUCAGUCCUCGGGUGAAAAAUUGGAUUGGGGGUCUCAGAAAAACAGAAGAAAGGACUGAAUCUCAAACUCAAUGGCCAAGGACACCAAAGGUUCCUCAGAUGCUGAGGGGGACCCAGGAUUUCAAGAAAAUGUACGAACCGAGGGUAAUUUCAAUCGGUCCUUACCACCAUGGCAAGCCCGACCUUGGCCGAGUGGAAAUGAUCAAGCCUCCAUGUGCCCAAGAAUUCCUGGCUGAUAGUAACCAGGACAUCGAAGCUUUGUACACAAAAAUUCGAAGUAAUAUCGAGACAGUGAGGAAGUGCUAUGAUUGGAGUAGCACAAGCGAGUAUGAUGAUGAGGCACUCGCCUGGAUGAUGCUUCUGGAUGGGUGUUUUUUACUACAAUUCAUCCGCCGGAAAGGUAAGAUAAACUUUCUUAGAAAUCACCAAAUAAUUUUUGUGCUGCAGGACUUGUUCUUGCUGGAGAACCAACUUCCCUAUGGAGUCCUCAAGUUGAUUUUUGAGGAAGCAAAAUUCAAUGAUGAUUCACUCAUGAAAAAGAAGAUAAAAGAAUUCGUCACUAAAACCGGAAGGCCAGAAGCGUCGGACGAAGAGUUGGACGAAGAGCCCCCUCAUCUCCUCCACCUCUUGCGAAGUUCUCUCCUAGGCAGGGAUAAAAGGAUUAGGGGGAGUCAGCCCGAACAAGAACAGCAACCUGAGAAAAAAGGAAAGUCGUCGUCGUCUCAAGGAGGAGAUGGGGGGUUUCGUUGCCCAUGGAAAAAAUGCAAACAACGAGCCAUUUGGCUGUACUCUUUUCGAAGCAUCAAGGAUCUUAAAGCCUCCGGGAUCCAUCUCAAACCGAGUAGAACGAGUGUGUUGACAGACGUUUCUUUCAAAUCCUCCUUCUUCCAUGGCUACCUGAAACUUCCCCGAAUAAUCAUUGAUGACUUCACGAAGAAAAAGUUCUUGAACAUGGUAGCCUAUGAAAUGUGUCCAGAUGCCCCAGAUGACUAUGGGAUCACUUCUUAUAUAUGCCUCCUUGACGACCUCAUUGAUCAUGCAGACGAUGUCAAGGAGCUGAGAUCUAAGAACAUUCUCUACAACCUUCUUGGCAACGAUGAAGAUGUGGCCCAACUUUUCAACGAGAUCGGCAAUGACUUGGUAGAUCCCGAAGCUUAUGAAGAUGUGAAAGAUCGUAUUCAGGAACACUACAACAAGAGAAUGAAUACUUGGAUAGCUCAAGCCCUUCACGACCAUUUCAGUACUCCAUGGACUAUCAUCGCUUUCAUUGCUGCUGUUUUGAUACUAUUUCUUACCGGGGUUCAGACCUACUACGCUCUUCCCGGUAAUUAAUAUAUAUAUAUAUAUAUAUAUAUAUAUAUAUAUAUAGGGUUAAUUAUGACUGUGAUGUGUUCUUUUCUUCUUUGGUAUGUAUUGUUAGACAAAUAAAGAUGAAUAAAUUGUUAAGUUGUAUCACUGGAUUUCAUGGAUGCAAUUGUGGAUAAAAUCAUCAUUUUGAUA